AACAUUCCCUUGUUUGCCUAACCUGGAACUAUAUAUACCUACCUACCUACCUACCUAUCUUUCUAUUCACGGGAUAACCUAGCAUACAAAUUCUUCUUCACCUAAUUUACUUAAAGCUUACUCAUCUUUGAGUUCCUUGUGUAGCACCUCACCAAUAAUAUCUAGCAAUACCUAUUCAAAUACACUUUGAUUAUCGUGUUGCAAAAUGCCUCCAACAAUCAUUUUGAUUAGGCAUGCACAAGCACUCCACAAUGUGUCUCAUAAGGCACGCAACUAUGAGCUACAUGACCCGGCGUUGACCGAUCUUGGCUUCGGGACACAAUGUGACGAAUUGGCUCGUCAUCUCGAGAAUGAGGUUCCACUGGCUCGGGAAAUUGAUCUCAUUGUGGUGAGCCCCAUGAGACGGACUUUGCAAACAGCACAGCAAGGCCUGGGCUGGUUGAUGAAGGGUGGUGUUCCCGUUAUCCUUCGACCUGAAUGGCAGGAGAACUCAGACAAGCCAUGUGAUACAGGAACGCCCAUAGAGAUUAUGGAGAAGGAGUGGCCACAAUUUGACUGGUCAGCUGUUGAUCCACUGUUUCCAGAAAAAUCUGGUCUGUAUGAGUUUUCGAAAGAUGCUCUGAUAAGACGAGGAAUUACCGCUAGGAAAUGGUUACAGCAACGCCCAGAGAAGGUUAUUGCUGUAGUUUCUCAUUCGGCGUUUCUUCGGACUUCCGUCAGCUACAGGCAAUAUGAGAAUGCGGACUACCGAAUUUUCGAUUUUGCUGGUGGCGAUAGACAAGAAAAAGCUGAGCUUGUGGAAAGGGAAGUCACCGAAUCCAGGGGCGGAGGGUUAGGGAAGAGCCCAAAGGGAGUUUUUGGAAUGACCGAUGAUGAUUGUCCUAGUGAGAUUGAGAAGGUCAUUGGAGAAGCAACAACUGAGGUUCCAAAGUAGCUCGGGUGUGUAAGCUUAAGUCGAAGGAAGUUAUGCAUUGCUAAGAUGAUGUUGAAGAUCAAUCAUCCUCCGAACCACCUGAUUCAUCCAACCUUUGAAAGUAUGACUCGCUACUAUAAUCUUAUACCCAAACAAAUCUCCUGUCCGAAAUAUGU